ACGUCCUCCCGUGUCAGCACCGUGCCCUCGCAAAAACCACGGCAGCUCUCACACCUACAAGCCCAGCUCGCGCAGCUAACAGCAAAUAUGGCGGAUCUGGAAAGUCUGAUGCGGAUGACGGCGGGGCAGGCGCAGGAUAUGCGGGGGCUGGGCGGAUAUUCAGGCGCAAUGCUAAUAGACGUCGGCAGGUUCAUGGCAGCGAGUAAAGUGCUUGGCGAAGAGACGGUCAAAGGC